AUUUUUCAGAGCCUGUUGCUUAUUCAUUCAGAUCAGGAGCAAAAUCCCGUCCGGCCAACAGGGAACGAGCGAGCUGGAUAAACUAACGUCCCGCUGCAGGAACAGCAGCAAUGUGAAAAAAAAAACCAAGGGGAAAAACUUUUCAGACCCUUUUGAGAUCUGCAGAGAGCCAUUUCUCGGGUCUGUUCUCCUUCACAUGUUCACCAUGAAGAUUGUAGGACGACCCUGCAGCUCAGAACAAACCAGAAAUGGACAGAGUUGAGAUUCAUUCACCUAAAAAAGAAGGCAAAGCUCCAAAGAGAGAGGAAGCAAGAACGCCUGCUGCUGAACAUCCAGGCUAUCGGUUGGCUUUUUCUUCCCCCAGAUCCAUCCACCAAGUUCAACCACUUUGAUCUUGGCCACAAUGACCUCUCUUGGCUUUUGGGACCUGUGGGCUUUGUUUGGCUGUGGACUUUUCCUGCAGGUCCAUGGGCAGCAUCCCCAGGGAGACAGCGGACGUUGGCGGCAAAUGAUCCAGUGGGAAAACAAUGGCAGGGUCUACAGCCUCUUGAACACGGGCUCGGAAUACGUGCCCGCAAGCCACGUGCAAGCGGACAGCAGCGCAAGGGUUUUGUUGGCGGACUCCGCCACAAGCCAAGGGCGAAGGCCUCAAGGGAACACCAGGCGACAGGCGCCCACGUUGCCCAUCAGGGCCAGUUCCGAGACUGUCCGGGGACACACGCGACACCCUUUUGGCUUUGGACAAGUCCCGGACAACUGGAGGGACGGAACCACCGGAGACAGCAGUGCCAAUUCCCAACGAGCCCGGUCACCCCCUGUCCGGCAGCGACAGGUCGGGGCCGCAUCCUCCUCUUCCUCCUUUGCCACUUACGGACAGCUCUACCCACAGGCCUCAUACCCUCAGCCUCCUUUUGCAAACCAAUACGAGAGCUACGAUGCGCAGGUACCCCGCACCUAUGAUGAGAGCUACACCUACUAUCAGGGCACAGGAGCUGGAGGGGGUGCCGUGGCAGCAGCCGCAGCCGCAGCAAGCGCAGGUGUGGUGUACCCUUACCAGCCCAGAGUGAGGUACGAGGAUUACGCAGAACAACAGAAUCCUUAUAGGGCUCAAGGGUACAUCCCCACCCAGGACAGAUCCUACAUGCAGGUACCCCAGCAACUUCAACCAUCUGAUGGUCUAGACCGAAGAUAUUCCCACAGCCUCUAUCACAACACUGGAACGAGCUAUGAUCAAAAUGUUCAGCAAGAUCCUUAUUCCGCUGUCCAGAACCAACCGGUGGUGAGACAGGGUGUCCCAGUUGCUGACAACCUGCAUAUCAACUCUGGAUCUCCGGUGGGUACCGGCACGAGAUAUGGGAAUGAGCCGUGGAUGGGGCAAUAUCCGCCUUUCGGGGAAGCACCAGCGGAGCCCUACGUUCCUCCUCGCAACGUGGAACCUCAGCCGCCUUUCAUGCCCUUAGACCCCCAAGCAGUCCCCAGGCCUGAACCGUACCUUCCUAUCCGGAACACUGAGCCGCGGCAAGUUAUUCCAGACAACCAAGGUGGUAACCAAGCACGGGUCAGCGUGGGCAGCAUCUACAGGCCCAAUCAGAACGGACGAGGCCUCCCAGAUCUCGUGCCAGACCCAAAUUACGUCCAGGCUUCGACUUACGUCCAGAGAGCUCACCUCUACUCCCUGCGCUGCGCUGCCGAGGAAAAAUGCCUUGCAAGCACUGCCUAUACCUCCGAAGCCACCGACUACGACGUCCGAGUGCUUCUCCGCUUCCCACAGCGAGUGAAGAACCAGGGCACCGCGGAUUUCCUGCCCAACAAGGCUCGGAAUACUUGGGAGUGGCACAGUUGUCACCAGCAUUACCACAGCAUGGAUGAGUUCAGCCACUAUGACCUGCUGGAUGCCGCCACGGGCAAGAAGGUGGCGGAAGGCCACAAGGCCAGCUUUUGCCUAGAGGACACCACCUGCGACUUUGGGAACCUCAAGCGCUACGCCUGCACGUCACACACACAGGGUCUGAGCCCCGGAUGCUACGACACUUACAACGCAGACAUCGACUGCCAGUGGAUCGACAUCACAGACGUGCAGCCUGGGAAUUAUAUCCUAAAGGUCCAAGUGAACCCCAAAUACAUCGUGAUGGAAUCUGACUUCACCAACAACGUCGUGAGAUGCAGCAUCCACUACACCGGGCGCUACGUGGCCACCAGCAACUGCAAGAUCUCCCAGUCUUGAUUUCAACAACGGAGAAGAGGUGGCAAACAGCCCCACCCACCCAGCCGACCUCCCCCCGCCCCCCCCCCACAACUCCCGAACUUUUUCAAGAUGGCCAGAUAGGAAGAGGAAAUUAUUUCCCACCAUCCCACCUCAACAGGAGAUGGAAAGUCCCGUUUUGAGAACACAAGUUGCUUAAGAGUUGUCAUUUCAAAUACUUUUUAUAAAUACAUUGUCUUUAA